UAGUUAUGAACGACUGCAUCAUCCGUGGUGACCUGGCAAACGUCCGGGUUGGACGUCACUGUGUGGUGAAAAGCCGCAGCGUCAUUCGACCACCCUUCAAGAAGUUCAGCAAAGGGGUGGCUUUUUUCCCUCUCCACAUUGGUGACCAUGUCUUCAUAGAAGAGGACUGUGUCGUCAACGCAGCCCAGAUCGGCUCCUACGUCCACAUUGGCAAGAACUGUGUCAUUGGUCGUAGAUGCGUUUUGAAAGACUGCUGCAAAAUCUUGGACAACACAGUGCUGCCUCCUGAGACAGUGGUCCCACCUUUCACGGUCUUCUCGGGCUGCCCAGGUCUCUUCUCUGGGGAACUCCCGGAAUGUACCCAGGAGCUCAUGAUUGACGUUACAAAGAGCUAUUACCAGAAGUUCUUGCCGCUCACUCAGGUGGCCUCUGCCAGGGUCUAAAACCAAGUGACCACUGAAGAUCUCAGACACUCAGCACUGUUACCAUCCCUUAGAUUUGGCCACUUUAUCCUCCUGUCCUGUGCAGCGUCCCUCUGACCCGGGCUCAGCUCCACGCCUCCGGAAGGACGGGGUGUCUGUGGGCGCAGC